CAUCUAAGUUCUUUCCUAAUUCCAUUCCACCAGAAAUCAUAUCCAGUCACCAUGGGUGCCACUUAUUCCAAGCCAGAUCCCCGUAACUAUAAUAGCGAGGAAAAGCGCUCGCACCGAGAGUGGGUUGAAGAUGCCGAUAGUUGCUCUCUGCCGCUCUAUACAAAGGAAUCAGCCCAGGCUCCACCGCCAUACCAUGUGCGCGAACGUGCGUCCUCGCUCUCCCUCCAUCACGUCCAAGACUGGAACGAGACCUUAUUGGGCAACGCCAAGAACCGUCUCGCGAUAUCCAGCCUUGCCAGCCAGCCCUACACCGAAGUCCUCGCCAACCGCCCCGCUCUCCAAUCCGACCUCCACAUAUUCAAUAUCAAGGUUCCCAUCGAAGGUUCCCCGAUCACGAAUCAGCGAUCCUCCGGCCGAUGCUGGCUCUUCGCAUCGACCAACGUAUACCGCGUGCCGUUGAUGAAGGCGUACAACCUAAAGGACUUUGAGCUGAGCCAGGCGUAUCUCUUUUACUGGGACAAGCUGGAGAAGGCGAACUGGUUCUUCGAGCAGAUCAUCACCACAGCUGACGAGGAUCUAUCCGGUCGUCUGGUGCAGAAGCUUCUUGAAGACCCAGUCAGUGAUGGCGGCCAGUGGGAUAUGGUCGUCAACCUGAUCGAGAAGUAUGGUCUCGUCCCGCAUGAUCUAUAUCCAGAUGCAUAUCAUGCGCAGAAUAGCUCCAAGAUGAAUUGGUUGCUCACGGCUAAGCUGCGUGAGCAGGCGCUUGUGCUGAGACGGCUGGUGCGGAAUGGUGAUGCCGCCGGAUUGGCGGAUGCUAAGGAGCGGUUCUUGAAAGAAAUCCACUCCAUGGUUACCCUUCUGUUGGGGCCGCCGCCUAGUCCCGAUGAGCAGUUUGUGUGGCAGUACUAUGAUGCAGAAGGGAAGUCUAAAGAAAUUAGACUCACACCACGCGAAUUUGGACGUCAGGCAACGAGUCUGGGUGCUGUGAGGAAGGGCAGCGUCGCUCCUGCGCGCCUGUUCAGCUUAGUUAAUGAUCCGCGCAAUGAAUAUAACCGGUUGUUGACUGUGGAGAGGUUGGGAAAUGUGCUGGAAGGACGACCACUCACGUAUGUCAAUGUGGAGAUGAAGAUCCUCAAAAAAGCCGUCAUCUCAAUGCUCAAAGCCGGUCACCCCGUGUUCUUCGGCUGUGAUGUAGGUAAAUUCAGCAAUAGUACGCUGGGAAUCAUGGAUCUCGAUAUCAUGGACCUUACACUCGGAUUCAACAUUUCGCUGGGAAUGAGCAAGGCCCAGAGAUUGGUGAGCGGAGAGUCAGCAAUGACCCACGCUAUGGUUAUUACAGGUGUGCAUAUUGAAGACGGGAAGCCUGUGCGCUGGCGGGUCGAGAAUUCGUGGGGCGAAGCUGCAGGUGAUAAGGGCUGGUUUGUGAUGACAGAUCGCUGGAUGGAUGAAUACACACUUCAGGCUGUGGUGGAUUCGGACUUCGUUUCGAGUGAAGUGCGCGCAAUUCUGGAUCAAAGUCCGAAGGUCUUGCCCAGGUGGGAUCCGAUGGGUGUGUUGGCUUGAUCUUCCUAUUCCUAAUUUAUUUGGCGUUGCUCAAUGACAAAUUAUCAUUUUAAAUCUAUGACCUUUUUUUUUUCCUUUUCCCGUGAUGCUUUUAUGUUUUGGGAGACGUGAAUGAGGGCAUGUAAGUGACGCGAGUAGGGGAUAAAAUUCAAAUAUUCUUACAGGC